GGGUUCUCUAAGGGGCUCUCGCUCGGCGCGGCCAUGGAGGCGGACGGGAGCCAGGCUACCUCGGGGAGCCCCGGAGAGGCGCAGCACGACCCCGGCAAGAUGUUCAUCGGCGGCCUCAGCUGGCAAACCUCACCAGACAGCCUUAGAGACUAUUUUAGCAAAUUCGGAGAAAUUAGGGAGUGUAUGGUCAUGCGGGACCCCACCACCAAGCGCUCCAGAGGCUUCGGGUUCGUUACGUUCGCGGAUCCGGCGAGUGUAGACAAAGUGCUGGCCCAGCCGCACCACGAGCUGGACUCCAAGACGAUUGACCCUAAAGUUGCGUUUCCCCGACGAGCACAGCCCAAGAUGGUCACAAGAACAAAGAAAAUAUUUGUAGGUGGAUUAUCGGCUAAUACAGUAGUGGAAGAUGUGAAGCAAUACUUUGAACAGUUUGGCAAGGUAGAGGAUGCCAUGCUAAUGUUUGACAAGACGACCAACAGGCAUAGAGGAUUUGGCUUCGUAACUUUUGAGAAUGAAGACGUGGUGGAAAAAGUCUGUGAAAUUCAUUUCCACGAAAUCAAUAAUAAAAUGGUAGAAUGUAAGAAAGCACAACCUAAAGAAGUGAUGUUUCCACCAGGGACGAGAGGAAGGGCACGUGGAUUGCCGUACACCAUGGACGCCUUCAUGCUAGGGAUGGGAAUGUUGGGUUACCCGAAUUUUGUUGCAACAUAUGGCCGAGGAUAUCCUGGAUUUGCCCCAAGUUACAGUUAUCAGUUCCCAGGUUUCCCAGCAGCGGCUUAUGGACCAGUAGCAGCGGCAGCCGUGGCAGCAGCAAGAGGAUCAGGUAGGGGGGCCCGUGGAAGAGCAAACCCUCAGAGUGCAGGGUCAGUCUUGAAUAGCUACAGUGCUCAACCGAAUUUUGGCGCACCCGCUUCCCCGGCAGGCUCCAACCCAGCGCGGCCCGGAGGCUUCCCCGGGGCCAACAGCCCGGGGCCCGUGGCGGAUCUGUACGGCACGGCCAGCCAGGACUCCGGCGUGGGGAACUACAUAAGUGCGGCCAGCCCGCAGCCGGGCUCCGGCUUCGGACACGGCAUCGCCGGACCUUUGAUUGCAACGGCUUUUACAAAUGGAUACCAUUGAAACGUUACACAUGGUUGGUUGCCAUCUCACUUGGAGAGUCUCUCUGGAUGUCCGGGCAAGACAGGGCGAAGUUUCUGAAGGGGCCCAGCUUGGGUGAUCUCAUCAGACUUUGAGCACUACAUCAUCAUCCUCAUCACCAUCACCAUCAUCACCGCCAGCGCGAACCGGAGGUGGCACUCGAAGGACUUGAGUUGUUUAAAAAUCUCUCUCAUCAUCUCAUGAAUCUGCUGUACUAUAAAAACAACAGCUUUUAAAAGUAUGUAUAUAAAACCCAUUUCUUGUUGGUUUUAUUUUCUCGAUGGGUUCCCCCCCUCUCUUUUUAAGCCUCUCCCACCCCACAUCUUUCCGUAGCCCUUGGACACAGUCUCGUAGCCACGUAGUCGAAUUCUUUGUGUACGUAGCCAGAGCCUAACCAUAGUGUAACUGUUAUAUUAAGGGGUUUAUUUUGCUUUUCUUCCCCUCCUCCCCCCUUCCUCCUCCUCCUCCUCCUCCUCCCCUCUGUUUUACUUAGUGUUUGUUGCUUAAAGGAUGCUGAGAUGGUGACAGGAGCCUCGGGGGGCUGGCAGGGCACGGGGAGCGGGGAGCAGCAGCUUCUCUGGCCCUUCUUUUCCUUUGUGGCGUCUUGGUUCCUUAAUUCUCUCUCUAUUUUCGGCAAUAAGGCGAGGGCGACAAACUUUUUGCGCGUCCUUUUUCUAUAUAAGUGCUUUUCUUUUUGUUGUUGUUGAAAGAGGUGAUAUAAGGUUUUUUGAAAUCGUGAAUUCUGAAAAAAAAAAAAAAAAAAAAAGAAAAAAUAAUAAAAUGCUGUAAAUACAAUUCCAUUAACUACAUAGAAACUAUUAAGAAAGAGAAAUACAAAACCUAUUUUUGUGAUGGAGUCAGCCUAAGGCAGUUUCUCUAUGGAAAUGGAUGGAAAAAGAUGAGGAAGUUGGAGUUGUAGCCUUGGGGAGCGGCUGCAGGAGCUGGCCCGGGGGGUUGUGAUGCUGUGGGACCCUCCCAGUCUGCCCAGUCCAUCCCAGCAGCUUCUCUCACACGUGCACAGCUUACAAAGGAACAGUCUAGUGGUAUUUUUAUUUUAAUUUAAAACCUGCUUUUCCCAAAACUGAUCAAGAAGCUACGACUUUUCCUACUUAACGCAUUUACGGUUCAAAGCACACCUUCAGUUUGGUUUUUUUUUGGUUGUUUUGUUUUGUAUUCAUUGUUUUAAACUAGAUCAACUUGCUGUCCAGUCAUUUCAGCUGCUCUGGGCACCCUGUGUGGGCAGAGCAGUGUCCAGCUUGCAUGGUUUCCUUUAUUAUCCAUCACUUUCUGUAUUAUCAAAUUAGAAAGCAACUUUGGUUGGUUUUGAUUUUUUUUUUUUUUUUUAAUUUUUUUUUUUUUUUGGGAAUACCUCAGUGCUACAAGUUUCACCCUAGAAGCAACGGAAGAUUUUAAUUUAUUGUAGUUAUAAACAGAAUUUAAAAGAAAUAAAGUAUAAAACAUCAUUGCACUGUGACUGGUAGGGGAAAAACUGACAGUUUCCUAUUUGCACAUGUUUAAUAUUUGGCUGUUAUAUAUAUGGUCCUCUGUUGGGGGAGGAAACUUAUGAAGGAUAUUUUUUAAUUUAAUUUUUUUAAUAUUGGUAAAUAGGCCUGCAACAGCAAACUAGAAGUACAACAUGGUAGGUGGCAUUAAGAACAUACUGUAGUGUGGAUAUAUUUCUUCUUUUUUUAACGUAAUAUUGACAAGUUUUAUUAAUAUUUUUUUAAAUUGUUACGUUUAUAAAUUUGGUACUUUAGGUACAGCCAGUAUAAGACACUGAAUGCGACAUUUGUUAAAAAGAGCUGCUGCACUCCUAUUUUUGUAAAUUUUACUAACAAGUAGACUAAUGUAGACAUUCAAUAGACAAGGUAGAGCAAGGCAUCUUUAACAAAACAAGGCACCAUACUGCUAACCGAAAGGAGAAACCUUGUUUUUCUUGUUUUUAAAAAAAAAAAAUCAUGCUUUUUAUGUAAUAUUUUAGGUUUUUUUCUUAUUUCAGAACAACCAGGUUUAAGCAAAAUGCUGGACGCUUUUUAAAUAUUGAGACUUGAUCAAGUAAUAAAAGAAAUAAAACCGAAUUCUUUAAAAAAUAAAAAGGUUAAAAAAAAAAAAAAAAAAAAAA